GAAAAAGAUGACGUGUUGAGGGGCAAAUUGGUAAUUUUACGUUAUCAAUACAAACUCGAUUCUUGUCUUCCUCGUCACUGUGGCGCUCCCUCUCUCGCUCUGUAUUUCAUAACAACCAACCGUCAGCACAACCCAAAUUUAACACUCAGAGAUCUAGAGAGAGAAAUCCAACCCAGAGAUCUAGUGAGAGAAAGAGUAAAUGAGGGAACCAACAAUGGAGAAUGCUCCACUAUCUCCACCGCCACAAGCUUUACUUGAAAGACUCAAAGAUUAUGGACAAGAAGAUGCUUUUGCACUAUGGGAUGAACUUUCUCCUGAAGAAAAACAUCUCCUUGUUAACGAUAUCGAGAAUAUAGAUCUUCCUAGGAUUGAUCGGAUCAUUCGAUGUUCGUUUCACUCACAAGGGCUCCCGGCAGCGGCGAUAGAGCCAGUGCCGGAAAGUUGUGUGUCAACUGUGGAGGAGAGGACAAUGGAAGAUAGAGAGAAGUGGUGGAAAAUGGGCAUGAAGGCCAUUGCAGAAGGCAAAUUAGGUGUGUUGCUUUUGUCUGGUGGCCAGGGGACUCGACUUGGUAGUUCAGACCCCAAAGGAUGUUUCAAUAUUGGACUUCCAUCUGGGAAGUCACUUUUCCAUCUUCAAGCUGAGAGAAUUUUGUGUAUUCAAAGAUUAGCAGCUAUAACUGCAAAUGAGGGUGCUGGCAUUGUUCCGAUACAGUGGUAUAUCAUGACCAGUCCAUUCACUGAUGAAGCCACGCGCAAAUACUUUGAAAGUCAUAAGUAUUUUGGCCUUGAACCAGAUCAAGUCACCUUUUUCCAACAAGGUACCAUACCUUGUGUUUCAAAGGAUGGAAGAUUUAUCAUGGAGACUCCAUACCGGGUAGCAAAGUCUCCAGAUGGAAAUGGUGGAGUUUAUACAGCAUUGAAAUCUUCAAGAUUAUUGGAAGAAAUGAACACGAGAGGCAUUAAAUAUGUGGAUUGCUAUGGAGUUGACAAUGCGUUGGUUCGAGUGGCAGAUCCUACCUUUUUGGGUUAUUUCAUUGAUAAAGGUGUGUCUGCUGCUGCAAAAGUUGUACGCAAGGCCUAUCCACAAGAGAAGGUUGGUGUGUUUGUCCGGCGAGGUAAAGGUGGACCACUUGCUGUGGUUGAGUAUAGUGAGUUGGAUCCUUCACUCUGUAAUGCAGUAAACCAGGAAACAGGACGUCUUCGCUUUUGUUGGAGCAAUGUCUGCUUACAUAUGUUUACUGUAGAUUUCCUGAAUCAAGUGGCAAAUGGCCUUGAGAAAGACAGCAUUUAUCAUCUUGCAGAGAAGAAAAUCCCCUCAAUUCAUGGUCAAACAGUGGGAUACAAACUGGAACAAUUCAUAUUUGAUGCUUUUCCUUAUACACCUUCAACAACACUAUAUGAGGUUGUUCGUGAAGAAGAAUUUGCUCCAGUUAAAAAUGCCAACGGUGCAAACUUUGAUACUCCUGACAGUGCUAGAUUGCUUGUUCUUCGUCUCCACACCCGUUGGGUGGUUGCAGCCGGAGGCUUCCUGACGCAUUCUGUGCCCUUAUAUGCCACAGGCGUGGAAGUUUCUCCACUUUGUUCAUAUGCUGGUGAAAACCUGGAAGCUAUUUGCAGAGGAAGAACAUUCCAUGCACCAUGUGAAAUCUCGUUUUAGUUUGCAUUUCAUUUCAUUAAGUUAAUGCCUGGAUAUUUUUUCUCCAUUUUAUACAGUCCAUUUGAUCAUUUCACUUUUUUUUCUUAGUAAUUUUUUUUUUCACGUUCACAAGGUUUGCUGUAGACAAUAGAGCGACAAUAUUUUAUUCAUACUGCUAAAAUGAGGAAGCUUUGGCUUGUAUUUUUAUUAUUCUAAAUAAUACUUAAUAAAGAUGAUGCAAAUGUAAUGAUUUCAUUCAGUAUGUAUAAUUCUCAUUUUGGUCGAUAGGCA